GUCCGCUUUUGCUUUAGGGGAACAAUGUCUCGACCCCGCAGACCACAGCUUGGCUCAAGAGGCGGGAUCAAAAGCGGGCGCAUCGCGGGGAGGGGGCGGACCCGGGAAUGGGGCGUUACCAAACCUUCAGGAACAGACGGCCCCUCCUCGGAGGGGAGGGACCGAGGACCGGAGCCUCGUUCUCUGCAAGUCACAGCGCUGGAUCCUAGAACACAGUUCUUCCUGGCUUCUCUGACUGUGGCCGGGCCUCCGCAGCGCGCACCGCCCACCGCCCGUGGCCCACGGCCCGGUUCGCUCUUCACCCAACAGCCCCGCGCGCCCGGCACCCGGCCAUGCCGUCCUACUCCCGCGUGGCGCUGGUCACCGGUGCCAACAAGGGCAUCGGCUUCGCCAUCGCGCGCGACCUGUGCCGGCAGUUCUCCGGGGACGUGGUGCUCACGGCUCGGGACGUGGAGCGGGGCAGGGCGGCCGUGCAGCAGCUGCAGGGCGAGGGCCUGAGCCCGCGCUUCCACCAGCUGGACAUCGACGACCUGCAGAGCAUCCGCGCCCUGCGCGCCUUCCUACGCAAGGAGUACGGGGGGCUCAACGUGCUGGUCAACAACGCGGGCAUCGCCUUUAAGAUUGAUGAUCCGACACCGUUUGACAUUCAAGCUGAGAUGACACUGAAGACAAACUUUUUUGCCACGAGAAAUGUCUGCAGCGAAUUACUGCCGAUAGUGAAACCUCAUGGCAGAGUGGUGAAUGUCAGUAGUUUACAGGGUUCCAAAGCCCUUGAAAAUUGCAGCGAAGACCUGCAGGAGAAGUUCCGAUGUAAGACACUCACAGAGGAAGACCUGGUGGAGCUCAUGAAAAAGUUCGUGGAGGACACAAAAAAUGAGGUGCAUGAGAGGGAGGGCUGGCCCAACUCUGCUUAUGGGGUGUCCAAACUGGGGGUCACGGUCUUAUCGAGAAUCCUGGCCCGGCGUCUGGAUGAGAAGAGACAAGCGGACAGGAUUCUGCUGAACGCAUGCUGCCCCGGGUGGGUGAAGACGGACAUGGCGGGGGCUCAUGGCUGCAGGACCGUGGAGGAGGGGGCUGAGACUCCCGUCUACUUGGCCCUCCUGCCUCCAGAUGCCACCGAACCUCACGGGCAGCUAGUCUGGGACAAAGUCGUCCAAAACUGGUGAAUGUCUGCUUUGGCACUUGAGGCUUAAUAAAUGUUUGGGGAAUGAAUGAAU